CUCCAGCGACUGUCCGUAGUUGACUAACAGUUAGCAUGCUUGUUUUUAGCCGAAGGACACGAAAGACCAGCUUUUAACGAGUAGACCAACAAACGAGUUUUAGCAACUAAUAGUUUUAACAAUUAUUUUCUGCUUUGGUUGCCGAGAUGUCUUCAAAACCUUUGGCACCUCUGGCCAAAAAAGCGAUUAAGGUUGUCAUCGUUGUUGAACUUCUUGGAAUCUUUGGAGCCUACAAACUUUUUCACAUGAUGGACACCAGCCAAGAUUUUAGGAGCACAAUGAACAGAAGGUUCCCUAGCAUUCUAGAAGUUUACUACAAGUCCAACGAGCUGGCGGGCGUCCAUGGUGUGCGUGAGAGAGACCACCUGGACUGGGGGACCGUGCAGGAGUGAUGACUACUUCCUGCGCAAUGUCUUGGCGUCUCGGUUGUGGAUUCCGUCGUCACAUUGACUCAGAGGAAGCAGCAUGACAUCACUUCCUGCUGUUCGUCAGUGGGAAAUGUCUGUAACAAACAAGCUAACUACUGUGUUUGCACCAUGGAGAUGAGUUGAACAGACUUUUCACAAUAAGAGUUUAGAAGACACUGACGCAGACUGGGUCAAUAUGUUGUCUGUCGUGACCGCUCACCUGCUUUGACAGCAUUUUUUUUUAAGUGUUUGCAAAUGUGUUCAAAAUUAAAAAAGGUAAGAAAUCUUUAGUAAGUAUUGCGCAAUACUUUGUUGAUGCAUUUUAGCAACAAAGCCACCUCAAGGCUUAAUUAACGCCCUAACUGUUGGUACACGUACACAUACCAAAUGCUAUCAUGUUAUGCUAUUAUGUAUGCAUUUCAUGGUGUAGUAUUAUAAAAUGGCAUGCUUUCAUGCUGUACCAUGAUAGCGUAAGGCAGAGGUGUCAAUGUCAAUCACACUUUGUCAGAUUAAAAUGAUUGCUGGGGUUAUGUUUAUUCAUCUGGGUUAAAAAUAAUUUAAUGAAAAGUAGUACCAAUAAGAAAUAUAGCAUAUUAAAAGUGCCAUAUGUAAUAAUUUCAUGUCAAGUCAUCAUUAAAUGGCCCUGUUAUGUCAAAA